GCUUCUCUCGUCUCUCUCCCCUCCACUCUCCUGUCCCCACUGCUGCAUCACACGCUCGCAAGGUUUUGCGUAUUCGGUGCCACAGAUAGGUAGACUGGAGGAACGUGGAAGACAAGAGACGAGCGAACAUAUUAUAUCAUCAAGGACACCAACGAGCUCACCAUACUCAGCCACACCGAACACCGCCAUCGUCCCUACUGCCUACAGCAGUAGUCCCUAGCGAGGAAGUGCUGCGUGCUGUCCACAGCAGUAUCGCGCAGCUAGCAGGUGCUUCCUGCCAUGGACGAUGAGUGGUCUACGGAGGCGGUGUGUACGGCGCUCAUUGGUGCUGGCACGGUGCUCUGCGUGUUGAGGCAUCUUGCGCGGUCGGUCUUGGGCACGAACGGCAGGAUUACAAUGCGGGGCAAACACUGCCUGGUCACCGGCGGCAGCAGCGGCAUCGGGAAGGAAGUGGCAAAGCAACUAGCUCGCGAGGGAGCCCACGUGACGAUUGUGGCGCGUCGACAGGAAGUUCUCGAUGUGGCCCAGGUGGAGGUUGAGGCCUGUCGAGAGUCGCCCGAUCAGAUGGUGCAAGCGAUCAGCGUCGACGUGGGGGACGCUGAGGCGGUGAAGGUUGCCAUGGGCGCGGCGGUGGCCAAGCAGGGGGCGGUGCAGGUCUUGGCGAACUGUGCCGGAUUCGCCAUCGCAAAAGAGUUCGACCAGAUGGAGAUGGGCGACUUCGAACGCCUCCUCCGCGUCAACACCCUCGGGUCGGCCUACGUCACGCGGGCACUCCUGCCUCCAAUGAAGGCCGCGGGCGGCGGGCGAGUCCUCUUUACGUCGUCGAUGGCCGGCCAGGUGUGGUCCUAUCGGCGUCUUUUCUCCUGAGGGUGAAGAGUCGAAUCUUUGUUCCUCCAAUUCACGAUCUACUGUAGAGUCUCUCCUUUCUUCUCAGACGCGACAGUUGCUGCCCCCCCCCCCCCCCCACUCCUGGAUU